AGUUGGUUGGAGCCGCUUGACUCUUCUCCUCUGGUAUCUUCGAGAUUUCCUCAAUCGAACUCUUCUCAGUUCUCCCUCGAUCUCUUGCCCUCCUCUCCUCUCCUCUCCUCUCCUAGGGUUGGCGGCCUUGUUCCUGAUGGAGUUUCAGCGAGGGCGGCAGCCAGUCGGGUAGAACCGACCAAAUCAUUCUGUCGAGGGCUUGUAUAUGGAUAGUUGAUGUGGAUGCUGACAAUUGACAAUUCGCUAGAUUGGAAGACAGGUGAACAAAUGGUUGGGGAGAUAGAGUGUGGCACCAAAGUGGCUAAAACAGGGACACGAGAGAGAAAUAGCUGAUAUACUGGAUGAAGCUCAAGGUGGUAUGUCGUAAACUGUAUGAUUACGUUCGGUAUAAUUUGAAGGAAAUCGCUUUCCCGUCAUCUCUUCCUGAUCCUCCACAUAUCAAGAAACGUAGGAAGCUCACAUGGAUAGAGCGCUGGUAUGUUUUAAAGGAAGCAACUAGGCUUUAUGCUGCCAGUUGGGUGCGGGACAUUGGCCCUGAUCUUAGGCCAAAUGAUUACAAAAAGAACAAUGCUGAUGAUAGCGAAUUUGAUCGACAAAGUAGUCCAUUUGACAAGAAAGAACCUUCCAUGUUGGAAGAUCUUGCUGUUGCAGCUAGAGGUGGAAUGGAGACCCUAAGACCCGCUCUGCAGCACAUAUAUAUGGCGCGUGCAUCAGCAUACAGAGAUGCUCUGAUAGCUUUUGUAGAAGGGUAUCAAGAAGAAUUAAAAAAAGUCAUGGAAGGAGAGAAAGUUGACAAAAAAAAAAAAAUAAUAAAUAAAUAAAUGAUAAUCCCAGUUAGCCUCAUUGAUUAUCCUUGGGGUGAUCGGUCCGGUCUCACGGAAGUUUUCCACCGGCCAUCAGGGUAAAUCGGGAAGCGUACGCGGUAGCCAACCCAGACGCCCAACAUCUUUUGAUUGCGCUCCCCAUUUGAAGGAAAAUUUCUGCAAAUACGCUGUAGCUGGGGAUCGAACCGUAGGUACCUAGGUGGCAACUUUGAUGUCCUACCGCGAUACAUGCCCCGGGGACAGGAGAGAAAGUUGACAAGCUCCAUAGUCAAGAUGCUGAUGUAAAGAAACCAAACUGAUAUCUCUGCGGAAGAAAAUUAAUCAUGGUAUUCCAUAACUCAUAGUGUUCAUAAAUCUGUACCUAGUUGUCAGUUCCUUUUUCUUUUUGAAACACUAUAUAUCGCUUAUUUUAAUUGUAGGUUUCUUUCUUGUCUUUAGAAAUGACUUGUCCGUUGUUUGCUUUUUCUCUUUUUCUUUUGGCUAAAAUGGAAUAGUUAUCGAGUUGUUCUGAA